AAGGAAAGCAAGCGUUGUAAAAUUGGGAAACUCAGCAAAAGCAAGAACAAAGAUAAGACAGAAGAUGUCUAGUGAUCAGAAAAACAUUGACAAAAAAAUGCGCAUAUUCAACGUAUUACAGUUUGUUGUGCAUGGUCAAGAAGAAACAGUAAGACUCGACGAGUGUUCUCUGGUUGAUGGCAUGUUUCCCUGGACUCUCAAUGAAAUUUCUGUUCGACUGAAAUGUAAAAUUGUUGACAAGUUCGAACAUUUAGAAAGACUGGAGGAGGAGUUAAUUCUUAUUAAGCAAGAGAUGAGUAAUUAUUUGCGAUAUUACAAAGAUAUCGUUAUUCCAAAGUUGAAAGCGGAAGUAAAAGACAUGGAACAAAGUCUAAACUCAGAAAGAGUUUCAGUGAAAGACACUAGGGAAUGUUUGUCAAAUGAAAGAGUUGAAUCUGAGAAAUCCUUGUAUGCUUCUUCGUCUCAUAAAUCAAGACGUGUUAUUUUGGGUGAGAUAGCUUUGCGAUACAAGGGUAUAAACUUUGCAAAGCAACAGCUAGACCUUGGAUCCAAGCACUUCUCCUGUAUUAACAGUCGCGAUGUUUUGGAUACUUUAGUUAGCAAUGAGAGUGAUAUUGAAAGCUACAGCGACAAUGAAGACGAUGAUCUUUUUGAUGACAAUGGUUCUGAUGAUAAGAUCGAUGAUUGCUAAUGUUGCUAGUGAUAAAUGACUUGUUAUUAAACUUGUAUUUGUACUGUAUGAUAACAGAAUCCAGCUACAAUGAGUGGGUGCAACCAUGAAACCCCUGCCUUAGAGCAGCUAAUACGGGUCAUAAUUAUC